AUGGCAGGACCUGCUGCAGCAAUACGAUUACGGCAGUUUGUAGAUCCAGCACCUAAUGUUCCUGUAAGAAUUAUUCAUCAUCAGGGAAAAGAUGUUCGUGGUUACUAUCCAGGGCAAAUGGCUCGGGUUCAUGUUGCCUAUCCCCCUGAAAGACAUCCGGGGCCUUUUAUAAAACUUCAGCCAGUUCCUCCUCCAGUAAAAUGUGAAAUUGUACCUCAGUAUGAUUUUGACUAUUUAAUUCUGAAGAGGUAUAUCCAUUACCAAAGGACAAAGAAGAAACCCCAUGACUGGUACACACAAACCACAUACAGAGAAGCAUUCACAUUCCCAUUUUGUGAAUCAGACACAGCCGAAUUUGGGCGUCGUCCAGGACCUGAUGCGGAAUCAUUAUCAGUUUGGAAAAGUACUUCUGCCAUGAAGAGGGGAAUCGUUAAACCUUCAUUUAUGGGGCUGUGAUAAGUUCUUACAUCUGGAAACCCACCAUCAUCAAUAUGGAACGGUCUUUCAAGAAUUCUUCUGAUGGAAGUACCUCUAGCACUACAUAGGUGUUGUGGCAAUUAUAAAUACACACUGAAUUGCUUUGAAAUUUGAGGACUGAAUUUUAAGAUAUAGAAAAACUAUUAGUGACACAUCAGAAUGAUAAAAUUGAGCUACAGUAAAAUAAUCAGAUGUAUAACUGCGAUGUGGCCUUCCCUUCCCU